AGCGCGGGCGCGCGGGGCGGAGCUUGGCGGAGACGGGGAAGGGGUCGCAGCCGCUGCCGCGGCUCCGGCUCUUCGAGUUGGCGGCUCCCUCGGGGGCUGCUAGGCGGGCGUCGAGUCGGCAGGGCGCGCGGCCGCGGUCCCCGGGUGACACGCUCAGCCGCCGCCAGAGGCGACAUGAGUGCCGCGGGGCUGCUGGCUCCGGCCCCGGCCCCGGCUGGAGCGCCGCCGGCCCCGGAGUACUACCCCGAGGAGGACGAAGAGCUGGAGAGCGCCGAGGACGACGAGCGCAGCUGCCGGGGCCGGGAGUCGGACGAAGACACUGAAGAUGCUAGUGAGACCGACCUGGCGAAGCACGACGAAGAAGAUUACGUAGAGAUGAAGGAACAGAUGUACCAGGAUAAACUGGCUUCUCUCAAGAGACAGUUGCAACAACUUCAGGAAGGUACGUUGCAGGAGUAUCAGAAGAGGAUGAAAAAACUGGAUCAGCAGUACAAAGAGAGGAUCCGGAACGCAGAACUCUUCCUCCAGCUGGAAACUGAACAGGUGGAAAGAAACUACAUUAAAGAAAAGAAGGCUGCAGUGAAAGAAUUUGAAGACAAGAAGGUGGAGCUGAAAGAGAACUUGAUUGCUGAGCUAGAAGAGAAGAAGAAAAUGAUUGAAAAUGAAAAGCUAACGAUGGAGCUGACUGGAGAUUCUAUGGAAGUGAAACCCAUCAUGACCAGAAAAUUGCGGAGGCGACCAAAUGAUCCUGUCCCCAUUCCAGACAAGAGGAGAAAACCUGCUCCUGCCCAGCUGAACUAUUUGUUAACAGAUGAACAGAUCAUGGAGGAUCUGAGAACGUUAAAUAAGCUUAAGUCCCCCAAGAGACCAGCGUCCCCGUCCUCUCCGGAACACUUGCCUGCCACACCGGCAGAGUCUCCGGCCCAGAGGUUUGAAGCUCGGAUAGAAGACGGGAAACUGUACUAUGAUAAAAGAUGGUACCACAAGAGCCAAGCCAUCUAUCUGGAGUCAAAGGACAACCAGAAGCUGAGCUGUGUGAUCAGCUCUGUCGGAGCCAACGAGAUCUGGGUGAGGAAGACCAGUGACAGCACCAAGAUGAGGAUCUACUUGGGCCAGCUUCAGCGCGGGCUCUUUGUGAUCCGCCGGAGUCAUCACAGCAAUCCAAGACCUGGACAUUCUCACAGCCAGGUUAGAGAUGAGGAAACAGAGUCUGGACUUCAAAGCCUGUUGUUUCCCUGAUGCUGUGCCUUUCCUGUGAACCUAGCAUUUCCUCACUGGACCAGGAAGGACUUCUUGUGUGAGAAGAUCAUGAACUGAAUGUUAACAAAUAGCGUGAUGUGUUCAGUGCCUGAGUCUGUCCGUAAUUCAUUUCGGAUUGAGCAGUCCUUCUCAAACUUUACUGCGUGUACAAAUCACUUAGGAAUCCUGUUAAAACGGAGAUGCUGAUUGGGCAGUUGGGUGAAGCCAGGGUGGAGCCGGAGCUCCGGGUGUUGCUUGCUGCUGCUGAUGGUGGACAUUUUGAAUAGCAGGGGACACAGUGUUAGGUUUGUAAAGGAUUUGCUCCUGUGUGGUCCUGUUUGCUCCUCACCCAAGCCCUGUGCGGGAUCCAUUAUUAUUUCUACCUUCGAGGGGAGAAAACAGUCUGAUUACAAAUAGCUACCAUUUUCAAGGGCAAGGCGCACUAGGGGCACAAUAGUUAACCAGACAGACACAGGUCUUAUUUAAAGAUGUUGAAAACCCAUGAAGGAAGACUGUAAAUAAUUAAAUUAAAAAAGGCUCUGAGUUCCUCAAUGAAUGUUUGUAAAAUGGAUGAAUGGUUUGAGCUCUGGUUGUUGGCAUUUAUCACAGGAGGAAGAGAAACAGGCCAGGGGCAGGGGAAGAUGAUGUGUUCUUUCUUGGACACAGUGGUGACCUCCUGGUGCAGCUCUCUGGUAGACACUUCUGGGUCUGGAGUUUAGGAGAGAUGUCUAGGGGGAGGAGAAUUGAAAUUUUGAGAGUCAUCAGUGCAAAGGUGGUAACUGGAAGUUAGAUUAGAUUCAGAAUACAAAGCACGAUGGAGAUAAAAGAGUGAAGAGUCUAGAAUAGGCUGCUAGCUUGGGAACCUGUCUGACCAUCACUUAUGGGUUGGCAGAGGAAGAGGAGCCCAUGAGAAAAGACCAAGAAACACCUGCCCAGGAAGUAGAAGGAAAUCCACAGAAGCCAAGGGAAGAGAGACCUUCAAGGAAGUGGUUUGUCACCAGUGAUGGGAUAAGCCAGUGUCACGUCCCUUCUGAUGUCACGUACAGAGGAAGACACAACAUGUCUUCUGUCAUAUUCCUGCCCUAGGAGUACAUCCAAAAUCCAGGCAGGAGGAAAUACGAGACAAACCCAAACUGAGGGGUGUUCUACAAAACUGGGCUCUACUUGACACAAAUAUUUGCAUUUUGAAAGACUAAGGCAGACUAAGGAACUGUUGCAGAUAAAAGGAUGCUAAACAGACAUGAGAACUAAAUGCAGUAUGUGAUUUUGGAUUUGAUCUUAAAUCAGUGUAGAAGACAUUAUAUAGGAACAAUCCACAAAAUUUUAAAGUGAGUCAUUAUAUAAGAGUUGCUAUUGACUGAAUGUUUGUGACAUCCCUAAAUUCACGUGUUAAAUCCUAACACCCAGUGUAAUGGUAUCUGGAGGUGGCACCUUUGGGACGUGAUUAGGUCAUGAAGGUGGAGCUCUCAUGAAUGGGAUUAGCGCCCUUAUGAAAGAGACCCCAGAGACCUCCCUUGCCCCCAUCCCUCAUGUGAGGCCACAGUAGGAAGACAGUGGUCUAAGAACCAGAAGUGGCUCUUUUCCAGACACUGUGUUUGUGGACACCUUGAUCCUGGACUUCCCAGAAUCCUGAACUAUGAGGAAUAAAUUUCUAUUGUUUACUAGCCA